CUACACGUUCCGUACUCUAGCGUCUGUGAUUAACCUGUUCACUCGAUCGCGACCGUUUUAAACUCGACGUGGAAGAACUUCCAAGUCCUCGUAUAUCGACGGAAUUUCGAUGCAAUUGGAAUUACCUAUCGUUCGGUUCAAGUGACGGGACUGUUUCCACCGUCGCGGCAGUCAGUGAUCGAAGGAGUUUCGGGGAUACCCGUCGGUUCUCCCGUUCGUGUCCGAGCUUAGGCUCCAAUCUGGCCGAUAACGAAGGAUGGUAAGCUCCCGUUCGCCUGGCGUAAAUGUCUCAACCGCUAACAGCGUGGCUACAUCGCGUGUCGUCGUGUCCGACAGUGACGUAGCACGUGAUGGUGACGCCAUCUUACCGACCGGCCGCCAAUCAUAUCGCGCGGAGGACGAGGGUGGAAUUGGCGUAAACGGAGCUCCUGGCAUCGAAUGGAGCGAGAGCGGACCGUCCUCGCUUUCUAUGUCGGUCGAUCUGCAUAAUCUGGUGAAUCCGAAUCUCCAAGACUCUGGUCAUUAUUCCGCCAGUCCCGAGCACGUAGACGCGACCGCUUCAUCCUGCGACGUAAAAACACCGAGAAGUCACGACGAAGAGGAAAGUUACGAGGCUUUCGGUUCCGUCGAGGGCGACGCCGAUGACGGGGUGGACUCACCUGGUGGUAGUAGUUCUGCGCCUUCGCCCACCGGCACCAAUUCGCUCAAAAACCCUAGAAGCCCGAAUUCAACCAUAGGAAGGCACUCCUGGUUGCGGACAUCGCUUAGACGAACACCAUCGUGUUCCGGUAGGAAGAGACUUAGUUCCAAUGCAUUAGCAAGCCAACUAUAUCGAAGUGGCAGUUUUAAUAGCUCUGGCAGGGGCUCCAACUGUGAUCCAGCGGACGAUAUGUACAGCGAUGUCUCCCUUGAGGAUGAUGUCAUUGAUCUCAAUCAUAAAGUUCAAAUGAUUCAAGAACAAAUGCAUGCCUUAGUGGACACUCAAUCAGUUGGGGAGGAGCGAUAUGCAAGAGCGAAACAGGAAAAUGCUACGUUGCAAGCAAGAAUAUUAAUGUUAGAAGAAGCUGCCAAAGACGCCGAGACUAGAGCUGAAGAAAGGCUUCAAGCAGAGCAACGAAGACAUAGGGAAUGGGCAAGUCGUUUAGAACGUGAACGACAAUUGCAACUAGAGAAUUAUGCCAUAAAAUUGCGAUCUAUAGAAUUAGAAGGUGCCAGUACGAGAGAAGAAGUAGUAAGGUUGCGCGAGCAACUUGAAAAAGUAAGAGCAGAAAAAAGUCGAUUGGAAAAUAACCUCGAGGAAGUUAGAACGGACGUAGAAAUUGCACGUGAGGGUGAACGUCAAGCAACAUGUCGAGCUAAUGAAAUCCAACAUCAGUUGGAAGCUGCCAGAGAAGAGCUCUCAAUGAGAAUAGAGGAUCAACAAAGAAUAGAGGAAUUAAUGCAACAGGUGGCUCAACUCCAGGCUCAUAAUAAAAGUUUAGAGGAAUCACGAGACGAAUUGCAGGCUGCAGCGGCUCUGCAGGCAGGCCGUGAACUAUUAAUGUUAAAUCCCUGUAACAGUACCGCCGAGAAAGGACCUAGUCUCGCUGUAGAAUUAUUAGCAGGGAUGAACCAAGAUCAAAUGGAUGGUCAAAUUCUUGGCGACUAUGGUGACCUUUCUAGUAUAUCUGAAAUGAGACAAGCUUUAAAGGAACAGCAAGAGGUUAAUACGCAAUUAAGGGCGUACAUUGAUGGAAUCUUAUUGAACAUAGUUGAAAACUAUCCUCAGUUGUUAGAAGUGAAACAAACACAUUGAAGUAUUGCAUAAAUAGUCAGUCACUGAGUUUAAUGUUAAUUUGUUUAAGGCAGUUGUACAUUACACUUCAUUGUUGGAACUUUUAUUUAUAAGUUUAUACGAGCAAUGUUGUCAUAAACUAAUUAUAUAAAUAUUAUAUGGGAAAGCGAUUUCCGUCCAUACGAUCUUAAAAUUUUAGUAACAUGUUGCAAUUAUUUAAUUUGAUGUUUUCACUGCCACUGUUAUUACUUCAAUUAUACACUUUUUAUACGAAAGCAGUGGGCGAAUUAAAACAUAAGAUAGGAACUAUGAGGAUAUGCAUGAAAUUUAAACAAACAAGUUAUCAUAAAUAAGCUCUGUAUUGUCCGAGUCUAGAAAUUCAGAGCCUUACAACGUUGCCUUUAUAGAAAUGGUAUAAAACUAUUUUCGAACAUUUAAUGAAAUUUCAAUUAUGUACUGUAAUGUGUAAUUCAUGAUGCGUAAAAUCAUGCUUUUUUUAAGAGAAGGUGAAUGAAAGGUGUGGUUCUUAGCAAAAAAUAUGUAUAGUUGCAUUCAGUAUCACAACACUUGUGAUGUAACAAAAAGUACAUACAAAAUUUAAUACUUAAUAUUUUCACCUAUAGUUUACAGUAUACCUAGAAAUUUAUACUGAACGAUAUAGAGAAAGUAAUUAAAUAAUUAUAUUUUACUACCUCUAGUUUCAUCCUGCUUAUAAAUCCUACAUUGAUUUUACGAAUUUUGUAUAUAUAUGUCUAAAGUUGUUGAAUAGCUAUUGUAUAAUGAUUUGUGAUGUUGCCUAAAUUUACAAAAAAAUUCAUAUUCGUAAAUUUAUCUAGAAUUGAACAUUUUAUAGUGAAAUAAAAUUGGUCUUUUAUAUCUUUUAAGGAGAAAAAGUUCAGAUUGUCUCUGAUAAUCAUUUUGCAAUUGAUUAUUAAAAAGAACAUGAACAUGUUACCAAACGUAA